AUGGCGGAGGAGGAAGUUCGGAGCACCGUCGCCCUCGUGGUCGGCGCGCUGCUGCCUGCCCUGAUGACCGUCUUCUUCAACGGCCUCCCCGGUGCCGUGGGUGGCAGCAACCUGCCGCGCUGGGGCGUCCGUCUACCGAUCCUUUUGACCUGCGCGGCGCAGCUGUGGUUCAUGCUGGUGUCGAGAGUGGUGCCGGAGCCCUAUCUUGACGAAAUCUUUCACAUCCCGCAGGCACAAAAGUACUGUGAGGGACGGUUUUUUGACUGGGAUGACAAGAUUACAACCCCUCCUGGACUAUACUUCUUCUCAGUUGCGGUGCACAGAAUCGCCUCCGCGCUCCGCAUCCCGCAGCUCAGCGUCUGCGACCCGUUUAGCCUCCGCGCCGUCAACUUUGCCGGCGUCCUCGUCGUCAGCUACCUGGCGCUGUGGUGCCGGCAGGCCCUCGAGGCGCGGCAGCAUGAGGCCAUCAGCAGCCCCACGCCAGCGCGCGUGCGCGCCUUUUCCCAGUACGCCGUGCACACAGCCGUCAACAUCGGCCUCUUCCCGCUGCUCUUCUUUUUCGGCGGGCUGUACUAUACCGACGUGCUAUCGACGGGGGUGGUGCUCGCCGCCUUUCUGAACCAUUUGAGGCGCGUCGGUGUCCCGCGCAGCUCCGUGUGGAGCGACCUCGGCACCGUGGCGCUCGGCGUGGCGGCGCUGGGCAUGCGCCAGACGAAUGUCUUUUGGAUCGUCGUCUUCAUGGGCGGCUUGGAGGCGGUGCACGCGGUCAAGACGCUACGGCCAGCGAGGGUGGACCAGCCGGUGAUGACGACGCUGGCGGCACAGUGCCGGUACUUUGCCUGGAGAUACUCGUUGGGCGACAUUCACGACUUGCCUGUCCACAAGGCAUAUCCCGAUGACAUGAUAUUUACUGCUCUAAGCAUCGGCAUAGCAGCCCUCUGCAACCCUCUGCGAGUGGUUAGACAGAUUUGGCCGUACCUCGCCGUUCUCGCUUCCUUUGCCGCCUUUGUGCAGUGGAACGGCAGUGUUGUUCUCGGUGACAAGUCCAACCACGUCGCCACCAUUCACCUCGCGCAGAUGCUCUAUAUCUGGCCCUUUUUCGCCUUCUUCUCACUCCCUCUCCUCCUCCCGUCCGGCCUGUCCUUUCUCAACAUGGUUGUCUCCUUCUUCCGCACGCACGCCCGCGCCUCUCCCACACCAGACGCAGCCGCCGACGGGCUCCUCCGCGCCACCCUCCGCUUCUUCCACUCCAAGGUGCUGUGGCCCGCGUACCUCGCCGCCACGGCCGUCCUCUCCCUCGCCGUUGUCCGCUUCAACACCAUCAUCCACCCCUUUACGCUCGCCGACAACCGGCACUACAUGUUUUACGUGUUCCGCUAUACCAUCCGCCGCGGCGGCGCCGUCCGGCUCGCCCUCGCGCUGCCGUACACGGUCUGUCGGUGGGUGGUCUGGGACGCGCUCGGUGGGCACAACAGCUGGUCGUUGGGCAAUGACAAGCCCACAGCGUUUGUCAGCCACCCAUUUUGGACGCCGCCCUCGGCCAAGGUCCGGCGGCAGACCAGCACCUCGUACCCGCGGCCCCCGGAACGUGCCUCGACCGCUGAGAGCCGCCAGGCCAGCGAGGCCGCGCUCAAGGCGCGCCUCGAGCAGGACAGCCUGUACCUCUCGCAACAGUCGGUAUCGACCUCGACGGGGUUAAUAUUCCUGCUUGCGACGGCACUGUCGCUCGUCACGGCGCCGCUCGUCGAACCGCGCUACUUUAUCCUUCCGUGGGUGGUCUGGCGGCUCAUGGUGCCAGCGUGGCGACUUCAGGACCACCUGCGCGGCGGGAUCCUCGAGGGCAGCCCGGCGGCCAAGGCGGUGGCGCACUGGAGCGCCAGCUACGACUUGCGCCUGUUCCUGGAGAGCGCGUGGCACGUGGUUAUCAACCUCGCUACAGGCUACGUCUUUCUGUACAAGCCGUACGUGUGGCGAGCCGAGGACGGGACGGUGCUGGAGGGGGGAAACUUGCAGCGGUUCAUGUGGUAG